AUACACGUGGCGUGAUUUAACAUAAUGUAUAGUAACCCUAGAAAGCCAGAUCUAGCAGCGUUACGACCCAGAAUAUUUAGUGUCAGAUCUACUGGUGACUCAAAACACGUCCGUAAAGUUCAUACCCGAAAGGUUCCUUACAGAGUUGGUUACAACUGGAACAAAGGUGGAAGACUCAAGGAGCUGAGAAUAAGGCACUUGGCAAGAAAGUUCUUGAAGAUAUGGAUGCAGAAUACCUUUGGCCGAAUUAUUCCUCACAAAGCCAAGUCUCACCAUAACAGUGUGGUCCUGAGACGAGCCUUUGAAGGAUGGAGAGAAGAGUGGUGGACAUCCAGGAGGGAAUGGAGUCUUACACUGAGGGCAGAGUGUCACUACAGGUAUUACCUGUACACCUUGGUAUUCCAUAGCUGGCAAACAUUUAUGUCACUGGAAAGAGAAAAGAAGAGCAAAGUGCAAAAGGCUCAAAUAUUUGCUGACAGGCAACGAAUGCGUCUUGUUUGGGAUAGCUGGGAGGUUUUCACAGAGAUGAGGCGAAUGAAAAACAGAAUGCUUGAGUCAGCUCUUGAACAGAAGAGACUCACAACUAUGUGUUCUGCAUGGACCUUGUGGCAGACUAGGCUGCAGCAGUGCCAUGACCUUCACACUUUGGAGGACCAAGCCCUGAAACAGCAUGCACUGACUUUACAGAGAAGGGCUUGGCUUCACUGGAAAGAAAUGCACACAACUGCCUGUCACCAGAAAAAGGCACAGUCCAAGGCUUUGCUUCACUUCAUACUCAGACUGAAAAGAAAAACAUUGUAUCAGUGGAUGAGUUAUGUGUCCAGUCGCCAAAACAAAAAAAAGUCAGAAGCUGUGGCUCAGCGUGCCGGUUCUCGCCGCCUGGUGAGGAUGUGUUGGAAUAGAUGGAUCAAUGCGUUGCACCACAGAUGGAGUGAGGAAGACUGUUUGCGAGCUGCAGGGUAUUUAGCCAUACAGAGCACCAAACGCAGAGCACUGGAGCAAUGGAGAGCUUAUGUGACACUGUCCAGACAAGAAGCUGAAAGAAACCAGAUGGCGAGUCAGCAUUACCAUCAUCACUUAAUGAGUGCUGGAUUGCAGGGACUUUCUCUCAACGUCAUCUGGAACAAAACACACCGACUGAACAACAACAUGGCCAUUCAGCAUCAUCAUCAAACGAUGAUGAGUAAGUAUUGGAAGCUGUGGCAGGAUCGUCUGGAGGAAGCUGAAGACAAGAGUUUUCAGCCAUUAACAGAGAUGGCUCAGAGAAACUACAGCAUGUCCCUCUUGAGUAGCAGUUUUCACUACUGGAAAGAGAAACUUGCUGAACAGAGACACAUGCAGGAACUGGAACAUCGUGCAGUUGUUUGGUUUGCAGAGCACACGGUGCCUCGGUAUUUCAACUCGUGGGUUGAGUUCACUCUGCAGAGAAGACUCCAUAAACACUGGAGACACACGGCAGAAGUCUAUAAUCAGCAGCGCCAGUACGCCUGGGUGUUUUACACCUGGUGGGGACAGUCAGAGAAACACAAGGAGCAGAUGCUUUCUGAGCGGAUGGCAAUUCUUCAUGCGGAACGAUGCUGCAUGCAGAGAGCCUGGGCUCACUGGAGCCAAAGGACAGAGCAGCAGAUCAGUGAGGCGGAGAAACAGAAAGCCUCCGACCAUCUGUACCUGCACCGACUUCUCCACAAGACGAUGACGCAGUGGAAGGACUACAGUGCUGAGAUUCGAGACAGGAGAAGCCGAGAACAGCAGGCCUGUCAUCAGGGUGACCUGCGCUCCAUGAAAUGGGCUGUGGAGAAAUGGAAAAAGUUUGUUCAGAGCCAGAGAGUGAAGAAAAGCAAGCUGGAACAGAUGCAGCGUUACCAUGAAGUUAAACUUGUUAAAAACGCCGUUGUAGCCUGGAAGACACACCACCUCCAGAUGUCUCACAUCUACAGACAUGCAGAGCAACUUCACAGACAGCAAAAACAGCGCUUUGUCAGGACGGCUCUGUCAGUGUGGAGGGAGAACGCAGUGCUGCUGGCAGAGGAGCAACAAGCACAGAAUCACUUUCAGCACGUCCUUCAGCUAAAGGUGUUUCUUGCCUGGAGGGAAGCAACAACACGUGCAGUGUCAAACCGUCACCAGCAGAAUGAGGCAGUCAGCAGAGUUCAGAGGGCCAGAAAUCAAGCACAGUUACUGCAGUUUUUCACACAGUGGAGGAAACAGACCAGAGAUGCUCAGAGGGAGAGGAUUUGUGUGGAAAAGACCAGACAGCACCAUAACUCCAGGCUCCUCUCUAAAGCACUGAAAGCUUGGAAUAGGCAUCACUACCAAACCCGGAAAUAUAAGAUGAUGAAACGACAAGGACUCUUGCUGCUGAAAUUAAAGAUGUACCAGACCUACUUUGAAGCAUGGAAAAUGAAGCUGCAGCACAGACGGAGAGAAGCUAAGCAGACGGAACAAGCGCUCUGGCACUGGUCCCUCAGUCUUCAGGCCAAGGUGUUGAAUGGAUGGAAGCUGUGGGUCACAGAGCAGCACAAGAAGCAGGAGCAGGCAGCCAGAGCUGCACAGGUCUACAGAGACCAGCUGCUGAGGGAGGGUGUGACAUGCAUCCUCACAUAUGCUGCUCACAUGAAUGAACUUACACAAAGCUUCACGCAACACAGCCAAGAGCAAAGAUCACUUCACCUCCAGAGGGUAGUUAAACGCUGUGCUAUGCGGUGGAAGCAGCGGGCGCUGUGUAACACACAACAGGUUAAAGGGAAACCAGCAAAAAAGAGUGUGACCUUCUGUUUGACUACACCUGGAAUGACGAGCGUUUCCUCAUCUGACCCAAUGGAACAGGGAGCUGAGGAUGGAGUGCUUUGCAUGCCGUUUCCUACCCGUAUGCCUCGACGUCAGCCACGCCGCUGUGGGGGACUGUUUCACUCUAAACUGGCCGACUUGCCACACACAGGAACCCAGAAGCAGUUUGGCAACACUAACACUGCUGAAGCAGCUUCACAGAAAAACCGUCCUGCAGUGAUGUCGUGCCUCCUUCCUGCUAAAGUCCCUGUUACUGCUGCAUAUCAGAGCACCAUCACAUCUACCAUGUCACCAUCUGAACCUCGCACACCUACUGUCAGCUCUCCUCAGGGAACCCAGAACCAAGAUCUUCUUUUACCUCCUUCUGCUUUCAUGACCACUGGAACCCAAGUUACAUUGGAGGCAACCAGCAGUUCAGGUCCCUUUAAACAUCACUCAUCAACCUAUCCAGAGACACGUCUGAGAGCAUUCUGUGUAGAAACUGAGGUAGAAGAUCCAACUUCGGCUCUAACUAGAGAACUGCUGAACAUUCAGCUGGACAUGAAAAGUUUCCAGCAGGACAGAAAGCAGCUUCGGACAUGGCAAAAACUGAAAGAGGUCUUACAAAGUUGGCUGCAGACCAGUGGAAAUGAGGAACAAAUGGAAAAGAAUGACAUUUGUCAAGAGCUGCAGGAGUUGGAGGAGCGCAUCAGCAGGCUGUCAACCAAACUGGCGAAACGGAAACCAACAAUGCUACUGCAUGCAGAGAGGAUCCAACAUUUACAGACUGUCCUCCACACGUCAGGAGUUAUUCAAGAGAUGGAAACACACCGCUCUGUGUUUACAGCAUGACGGGAAACAGUGCAAGUGCUCACACGCUCCACAAGUGAUUUCUGAUUGCUUGGACUGUUAUUCCUCUGACCCAAUCACUGUUCUUAAAAUACUAUGGAGACUGACUGAGAAUUGAAUGAGAAAACUGUUAAUAUGUAUUUUGUGAUGAGCUUGUUUGUGCUUUAGUUUGACAUACCUCUACUGCACUCAGCUUCUGAGGAAGAAAUCGAUACCUUAAUGUCCAGGUAAUGCUAUUUGUCACUGUUAAAUAUCAUGUAUACAGUCUUAAAAGGGACUCAGCAUGUCUAAAAAUGUUAAAGCCAAGUAGCUUAAAGCAGCCCUCACCUCUACAGCUACACUUUAAAUCUACAAAAAACAUUUGAUAGGGGUCGUCCUUGUGACAGAUGGUGCUAAAUAUUUUCCAUGUGUGUGCAAAAAGUGAUUUUUACCAUUUUCAGGGGAGCUGCCCUUGCGCAAUAGGUUUUUUAUUUUCCCGUUGAUCAGUGCCUCUAAUCCUUAGAAAGAUCUAUGCAGGAAAAUUUGCUAUUUCACACUAACAGAGAGGGACGCUGUCUGUUGUGCUUCACAGACUGUCUGACUCUUUGAUCUACAACAGGGAAGAAUGCGAGGACUUUAUCCUAUUUUGCUCUUUUUCUUCUUUGUCUGCUAUGUCAGGGGUAAGUUGUUACUGAACUAGUUUGUUCUGUUAUGCUCAUAAUUAUCGUGCCACUGUUCCAGGGAGUUUCUCCAUCUUGUUGCUCUUUGCUGCCAAAGCUGUUGCCCUCAUUUUAGAGCUUUUUACUUUUCAGGACAUUAUUAAAACAGUUUUAACUUUAUAAACAUACAUUUAUUUCACAGUUUACUGAUAUUGAUCAUUGAAUGCACAAAGAAAUUGAUUAAAUACCUGCAUCUUAAAACACAAAUAAUGCAUGAAGCUGACCAGUUCAAAUUCUGCACUAGAUGCAUGUUAGCCCUCUGACUGG